AUGACGAAAAGCAAAACUAGAUCGAAAUCCAAACAGACAGACGUAUUAAAUCAACUUACUAAAGAUCAACUGCGGAAUUACAAGUCACUCUUUAAUCUCAUCGAUCAGGACCACGAUGGUAAAAUAAGCAGUAAGAACUUGAAGAGUACGAUAGUGAAUUUGGGAAUUGAAGGACUGGAAGAUGACUCCAUAGUGAAGAUGCUCUCUAAUAAGGACUCGACGUCAUCAUUGAAUCUGAAUGAUUUUCUGCGCCUGAUGGGUUCGAAAUUUGCCGAAUUCAGCGAAGCUUCAGAUCUUCAAGAAGCAUUCAAAGUGUUUGGAGGAGAUCAAAUCAAUGCUACUAAACUUAGAGCUACACUUAUGGAUGUUGGUAAGACCAACAGAGACAACGGCAUUGAAUCUGAGGAAAUAGAUAGUGUCUUGGGGGACUUCACUAAGGAAAACAAAAUCACUGGAGAAAAGAUCUUCAUGGCUGAUAAGUUUAUAGAUGCAGUUGUAAAUUAG